AAGAAAAUUGCUAGAUUAUGGCGGAAAUAUUCGGUGUAUUUUUUCCCUUAAAAAUUACUUCUUAAAGUUGGUUACAUUUCAAAGAGUUGAUCCAAUUAUACGGAAAUAAUAAAUACAUGUAUAUAUAUUUUCCCCAAUAACAGUUUCGCAAGGAGUAUGCAGUAAUAUAGAACCGCCCACCAACGGAGCCCGCAACUUCACCAACCCGCGUUCACUGUCUUACAAUCUCAACAACUUCACGUUCUUCGGGACUCGCGUAGAUUUCUCCUGUGACCCUGGAUAUACCCUCCAUGGAGCAUCAAGCAUUGAAUGCAAUGAGACUGACUACAACAACGUCACGUGGAGUGACUCGGUACCGACAUGUGAAGUGCCUACAACCUCAGCACAUCUCACAACAGGGCUCUCCAAGUACACGACGCCCAAAAGUAUAACCCCAUCGCAAACCACAACUACAGCUUACACUAUGAGAGGCAACACCUCCCAGCCAUUGACAGGAUACACUACUGAUGUGGGAAUAAUAGGCACAAGGGUUCCUGACUAUGGGACGAACAGUCCCAUCGCUGGAAAGUUAGAAACAGGUGAAGUUGCUGGAAUUGCUGUUGGGGCCCUGGCAGCAUUCACUGUGCUGAUAGUUGCAGUGGCUUUUCUAUGGAGAAAAAGGAUCAGGAAGCCUAAAGAACUGAAGGGACCAGACAUUGUCUUGGAUACGGUUGGUGCCCAUUACGUAAACCACACGUUCGCCAACCAUCUCUCGGAUACCAGUGGCACUGCGCAAAGCCAAGGCGAUAGCGACAAUGCUCCGCCCGUGUACUACAGCCACGUCAUCACGAAAAUACACGCAGAUGAGGGCGCCACACUUCCGGUUUCGCCUCAAAAUGACAAGGACGGCGACAGCGGGUGGGUCGACAAUGAAGUGUACGGAUGCGAAUCGUUUCCGAUAGAGAUUGAGGCGAGAAACAAAGAUAGAGACGGACAGACAAACGGACAACCGCCGAUUACCAUGGAAGGAAAACCGGGAUGGGUGGAAAAUAUCAUCUAUGAAUAGUAUGAUUCUAAAGAAUAACAUCAAUCAAAGGCACUUGAAUCAUUUGCAUUCAUCCCAAAAGUAGCAUACCAAAC